AUAGAUCACGUGACAAUCCCAGAUGUCAACAAACGAUAUCAACAACAGGGAAGUGUCAACGUUUCGUUGUUACAGAUUUUCCAAUGGAUUAACCGACAUUUGAUAAUUCAUUAAUGUUACAGUCACUCGUGUACAUUCUGAAAGGAACCAUGAGUGCGUUCUGUUGAUUCUACGCUAGUUUAGCUUUUGACGAAGACUUUCAACAUGAGGUCCGAUUCUCCUCUCUCCAGCGUCAACGUAGUGCUUGUUAUGGCCUACGGAAGUCUGGUGUUUGUGCUGCUGUUCAUCUUUGUGAAGAGGCAGAUCAUGCGCUUCGCCAUGAAGUCUCGUAGAGGACCACAUGUACCCCUGGGCCACAACGCUCCAAAGGACCUGAGACAGGAGAUAGACUCUCGUUUGUCCAAGGUUCAGGAGAUCCGCUUUGAGCCGCGCCUGCUGUCUGAACAGGACGACAGACUACAGAGUGGCGGUUGCUAUGACUACCUGUACAGAAUGAGGGCACUCGAUGCCAUAAGAGACUGUGAUAUUCCGUUCAGUGAGUUGGGAGGGACUCCCACAGCUGUGACAGGGAGGAGAUUCCGCGCCUGGCUUCUAGAUCUGAGGAGUUCCCUGUUCCGCAGCAGCCGCAGUUCCCUCAUAGACACACUGCUGGAGGGCUACCACAACGCUCGCCACGGCACCGGGGUGUUUGGAGAAGCAGAGUUUGUCAAAUACAAGGAAGCCCUGAACGAACUGGCCUCUGUUUAUUCUUCUCUCCCCAGUGUGAAGAGCCACUCCAGCUCCACCAGUCUGGACCAGCAUCACCAGUCAGCAGCUAAAGACCUGACCAGUACCCCAGAGCCUCCCCCCCCCUCUCCCCCCUCCCAGGUCACAUACCUGCCGUCAGCUGGGCAACGCACCAAACGACCAAAACACUUCUUGGAACUCAAGAACUUUAAAGACAAGUACAACACCUUGGAAAGCACAUUCUGAGAACUACAAUCUCCUAUGGCAUAACACGAGAAACUACAAUUCCCUACAGCAUACCUUGAGAAACGACAACUUGCUGACUAUGACAACUGCAACUCCCUACAACCCUGAGAACUUACAACUCCCUAGAAAACAACCUGAAAACUACAACAACUUCUCUGCUACCACUUUAAAUCUGUUUUGUUGCGAGUACUGGACUCACUUUUCCUUCUCUAUUUCCAUAGUAGAUAGCCUGGUGGAAAAAAAAUCUGUCGUUCUGCCCCUGAACAAGGCAGUUAACCCACUGUUCCUAUGCCGUCAUUGUAAAUAAGAAUUUGUUCUUAACUGACUUGCCUAGUUAAUAAAGGUUAAAUAAAAAAGAAAUGAAGGUAGUGAUAAGUAGAGCUCCUGGACGGGACAGAUACUGGGGUUUGUGGUAAAAGAAGAGGUUGGUGAGUUAGUGAGAGACUUGUUAGUGCCAGCGGAGAGAGAAGAGACUUGGUAGGGUUGGUACUUGGUACAGUUGGGAAGACUGGAGCACAGCAGGAUUAACAGUAGCACAGCAGUAUAGGAAUGACAGUAACAUUACGCUGCCUUACUAGUCCUGAGGAAAAACACUGCCUACUGCCUAUCAUGCGUCUCACAUAAUAAAUAGUGCACUAGAUUUAAGCUUAUUUGACCUUAAACAUCGUUGUGAACUUUUGCACAGACUUUGCAGGUAGAUCAUCAUGUAGGGCUAUGCAAAAAGAGAUGAGACCAGACAAGCUACAUGCAGUUUCUAUGCAGAAUGCAUUAAUGCAGGGUUUCUCAAACUUUGUCCUGGGGACCCCAAGUGGUGCACGUUUUGGGUUUUGCCCUAGCACUACACAACUGACUCAAAUAAUCAUCAAGCUUUUAUUAUUUGAAUGAGCUGUGUCGUCCUAGGGCAGAACCUGAAACGUACAUCUCUUGGGGUCCCCAGGACUGAGUUUGGGAAACGCUGCAUUAAUGCACAGUAUUAGAGUAAGACUUGUUUAUAGUGUGUUCAGUGCUAACUAAGCUAUUGAUGGACUAACGUUAUAGCAGACCAGCGUUCCUCACAAUGGCCCUGGAGAGCUACAGUACAGGCUGUGCAGGCUUUUGUUCCCGCCUAGCACUAACACACCUCCAAUCAAGCUGAUUAGUAGAAUCCGGUUAGUCACUGUUGAGCUGGAACAAUACAGCCUGUAACUCUGCAGGACCAGGACAGAAGAACUAUGGAUUAUUCCAGUAUUACUGCUAGACAUUUCCAGUACUUGUUUAGGGCAGAGCCAUGUAUUUACAUAUAUAUUGCAAAGGUGUAGGGCUAGUGUUACAAGGAAAUUAACAUGUUACACAGUCUGACGGUUGUCCAUAAAAACGAUUAUACUUUUUAGAGUGUACAAUGUUUUUUUUUGUAUUCCAUUUUUAAAGAUAAUUAUUUAGAAUAAAGCAUUCAUGUUAAGUGCCCUUUUUCUUGAAUGGAUGAUUUUAAUACAAUUAAAUUAUUACAUGUAUGUAUGGUUCAAUACUAAAACCUUCAUAUAUUCUUAAUGAGGUGUGAGUUGGCUAUAUAGCCUGGGUUCUAGUCCGAUAUAUUCUUAAUGUGUGAGUUGGCUAUGUAGCCUGGGUUCUAGUCUGAUAUAUUCUUAAUGUGUGAGUUGGCUAUAUAGCCUGGGUUCCAGUCCGAUCUAUUCAUAAUGAGGUAUGAGUUGGCUAUAAAGCCUGGGUUCCAGUCAGUUUCUGCUUUAACCAAUCCCCACUCUCUCUUACAGCAGAAACAGACUGGUAUGGUACCCAGGCUCAUAUGAAUCGUCAGUGGAGUUAUCUAAAGCACCUACAGAUGUGGGACCAGGCUAGAGAUUUAUGGGUUGAGUAAUAUUGAUGUAUGAUUGUAGCACAAUGUUCCUCCAGUCAAAUGUGAACAGCUUCAGAAGUGUGUUCGAAUCUAAUGUGUUGUGUGUAUGAUUGAUGUAUGAUUGGGAUCAGAGGAGGCUGGUGAGGAGAGGACGCCUCAUAAUGGAUGGAAUUGAAUGGUAACAAACACAUGAAAAAUCAGGUGUUUGAUUUGUUUAAUACCAUUCUAUUUAUUCCGUCCCAGCCAUUACUAUGGCCUGAUAAUAGUGCUGAAUAGGCUGCUUUAUGUUUUAAUGGACUCCCCUGAUCUAUCCUCUGUGCAUUGUAAUACAUACUGCAGCUGCCAUUCCAUUAAAGUGGUACCACUGGACCAGAGA